GUGGCGCGAAUAAACAAGUCGCUUUCCGUGUGUCUUACGGUUAGCUAACAUAACAAGUUAUGUAGCAAACAUAGCAAAGCUCCUCGCUGAUUAACUCUGUAGACCAUAUUUCAACGGACUGGCAUUUACUUUACGUGUAGGACUUUGUUUUUGGUGGCACUGGCAUCUUAAUGUCACUGAAAUCAUGUCGGACUCUUUCUCUGACAACGACAACAGCCAAGAAGAACGUCAGGACGAUGACAUGACCCCGGCGGAUCUGAUCGCUAAACUAGAAGAGGCCUGGCUCAAUGAGAAGUUCUCACCAGAGCUUCUCGCAAACCAGUCCGAGGUGGUGGAGUGUGUCAUGGAGCAGCUCACUCACAUGGAAGAGAACCUGCAAAGGGUGAAGAAAGGCGACGCCAAGGCCAGUAUCCAUCGCAUGGAGAUCGACCGCAUCCGCUUUGUGUUGUGCAGCUAUCUACGCUCUCGUCUGCAAAAGAUUGAAAAGUUCUUCCCUCAUAUCCUUGAAAAAGAGAAGUCUCGCAGCAUAGGAGAAUCAUCACUGCUUUCUCCUGAGGAGUUUGCCUUUGCCAAAGAAUAUGCUGCAAAUACAGAAAGCCACUUGAAGUCUGUGGCACUGACCCACAUGCCCCCCAUCCUGCAGACACUUGAUAUGCUUAAAGCAGUACCUGCACCAUGCCUGGACUCCUUUGUGUUCCUGCGGGUGAAGGAGAGACAAGAAAACAUCUUAGUGGAGCCCGAAACAGACGAUCAAAGAGAGUACGUUGUGGAUCUUGAAGAGGGCUCACAGCAUCUUAUGCGCUAUCGAACUAUUGCGCCACUUAUUUCAAGUGGAGCUGCACAGUUGAUCUAAAUGCCAAGUAAAAAAUUCCAUUCUGCCGUUCAUGCCCGUGCACACACUCCCAAUUUUUUCCCCCUGCAGAUCUUAUUAUAUAAGCCACUGCUUUGUAGUGGCAUCUGGAUUUAUUUUUAGCUCUUCAUUUCUUUUCCUUUUUUGCAUUGUUUCUUGGCAACAGUUUAUUUAUAGAGAUGUUGUGUUCAUAAGCCACAUUGAUAGGUGGUCCUGGAGAGGCUAAUGACUUGACAACAUAAUGUAACUAAUGCAUGGGUGACAUGGCCUCCAAGAGGUCACAACAUAUGAACCAUGUAACCUUUCUGGACACAAGCAAUGGAAAUGUCUCCAUAUUAAACUCUGAUGGUUAUACGAUCAUAAUUACAGUCACACAGGUGUAAAUGUCUGCAAGACUGAAGUUCAUCUAAUCCUGUUAAUCAGGAUCGAUCAAUCAGGAUGAUUGGAUUGUUUUUGGGGUGCACUGAAAGACUUCAAAGGUAAACAUGUCAUGCUUCUCCAGACAUUGUAGUCCGUGUUUACUCGUCCCAAGUACAAAUUGUCAAAAACUCAUUAUUUUCACAGCUAGCGAAGACUAAGACAUUAGAACUCCCCCUGAACUGGGAGAGUUCUGCUUCAACACAUGCAAGAAAAAUGGUGGCAUUGAAGUUGGCCAAAAUCAGCUAUAUUUUGGCAUCAUAACAAAAUGAUUGUCAAAAGGGAGAUUAGGUCAUGCUAUUUUCAACAAAGUGAUGGAUUAAAAGAACCCCCCAAAAUAUGUGUGUGCAUUAUGCUUGUACCAAGUCCUACAAAAUUCCAAUGUGACUAGGCAGUACCUUUUCUUAAAAUUAGCUACAGUCUCUCUGACUCGUGAAAAAGGUUCAGUCCAGUCAUGUGUGUUUCAUGUUUGCCCUUUAUACCGUGUGCAGCCUUGUCUUCUCUGAGACAUAAUUGUUCUAAUAGUGCUGUUAUGUAAUUUUCAGCGGGGGCAAUCAGUGUUCAUUGUUUGCCCUCACUCAAAUUGCCAAGUAA